GCUCAGGUGCCCAACGCCGAAGCCCGCGGGGCGGGCGUCCGGGAGUUCCCGGAAGUGGUCGGGCCUCUGGUUUCCGGUGCGGGUCGGGAAAAAUGUCGGUGGUCGCGGUGUUGCCAGCUCUGGCGCGGAUGCUUGCUGUGUCAAGGCGCCACCUAGUGUCACCUUCGCUCAGCAUGACACCAUUCAGAUGCUUCUACAGAGGUGACAGCCCGACCGAUUCCCAAAAAGACUUGAUUGAAAUCCCUUUGCCUCCAUGGCAGGAGCGAACUGAUGAAUCCAUAGAAACCAAAAGAGCCCGGCUGCUCUACGAGAGCAGAAAGAGGGGAAUGUUGGAAAACUGCAUCCUGCUGAGCCUCUUUGCUAAAGAGCAUCUGCACCACAUGACAGAGAAACAGCUGAACCUCUAUGAUCGCCUGAUUAAUGAGCCCAGCAAUGACUGGGAUAUUUACUACUGGGCUACAGAAGCAAAACCAGCCCCAGAAAUAUUUGAGAAUGAAGUCAUGGCACUGCUGAGAGACUUUGCGAAAAACAAAAACAAGGAGCAGAGACUGCGUGCCCCCGAUCUCGAAUACCUCUUUGAAAAGCCCCACUGAGCUGGGCGCCUCCGCCUGCCUGGCCUCAGUCUGUGAACCCGCAUGGCUUAUGAUGGAUCCCGGCCCUGUUUUCCCACUUGUCCCUAGACACUCAACCCGCCCGGACCGUUCGUCCUGCCUCAAAGGAUGGACCCAUCUCGCUCCCAGGACGUGUAAAUGUUCAGUGUGUCUCAUUCCGACGCUUUGUUCGGUCCUAGGCCUCAAAAGCAGGAUGUCAGUGUUGCCAGCCUCGGCCACAGGAGGGCACUGUAGGGGAAGCUAUUGUGCUGGCUCCUGGCUUCAGGCGCCGCGUGUGCUCUGUGAAAGGAGGCGGCGGCUGCCGGUGCUGGGUGGAAAGCGCCCUGAGCAGCCCAGAGCUUUGUUCCUGUGAAAUCCCCCCUUUCCAGUCCGAUCUGGUUCUUUCUGCCAAGGGAAGCUGAUCAAAGCCCCCUGAGCUGAGCCCUUCAAAGGCACAGCAGGCAGAAUGAGGGCAGCGAGCAGGAACGGGGCGGGCCUGCUGCUCAGGAGUCAACAUACCCAUCAGGUUUUCCUUGAAAUGUUCACUCUGGAAACAGAACUAUAAUGGAAUAUUAAAGAAUAUCUAAGAAAGGAAAAUCACAAUUCCCCAAACCUCACACAGUCAUUUUCAUUCUGUCUGUUCCCAUAUAUUUCGGAGUCCUAUGUUUAUAGAGUUUUACAAGGUCGCAAUCAUGGAUUUUAUCUCCACAGAGCGCUAUAGCAACUUUUUCUAUAUUUCCCAUCUUUGUAAUUAUUUUAGUUGACGAAAUAAUGUCACGGAAGAAAUAAUAUGUCAGAAUGAAUUAGUUGAAAGUGUUUAGCCUUUGGGCCAGAAGACUUCUGCCUUGCCAGAGGCCGUCUCACUAGGAGAAUUUGCCGUGGGAGUUGUAAGCCAGUCAGAACGGUCAUCACCAGGACCGGGCCAGGAGCAUCUGAAGGGGUGGACCUGCGGAAGCCAGGCUGGCAUUGAGAAGCAGAUGUUGGUGAUCAUUAGAGCUGCAUGCAGGGAGGAGGUGCACGUUUCCAGUGUGACUGAGCUACGGGGUCCCCCAGGGCCGCCUCAUGGUCCUGCCUGCCCCCCCAGUGUCUCUGGCUAAGGAGAGAAGGGAAGAGAACCAGCCUUUACUCACGUGAUCUCAUUCAAGCUUCUCAGCCCUCUUGCAGACAAGCGGUGUCACACCUACUUUGUAGAUGAGAAAGUGGGCUCAGAGAGAGUAAUAUGUCCAAGGUCGCAUCGCUGUUCAGUCCCAAAGCUAGAGUCUCAUUGAGUUCAGCGUGCCUCCAGAGCUCAGGAACUUUCUACCAGAACGCACUACCGUACUAGUGGAAACUUUGUAGAAAUCUGUGCUUUGAAAAGUUAUGGCAAAGAAACUUGACAGUACCGAGAUGACCUGUGUGUCACGUAGGGGCAGGAAGCUGCCGGGUGCUUCCCAAAGUAAGCACUCGGUCACCCAAGGGAGCUCGUAAAUAAGGAGGCAGCGCAGGUGCUGGCUCCAAGUUCAAAUCUGGGCCCGCUGCUUCCUUGCUGGAGACAUGAGUGGGCCUGAGCCUCAGUUUCCUCAUCUGUGAGAUGGGGGUGACUGCACUCCCUAUCUUAACUAGUUGAGCAGACGUUAAAGCUUGCGGAGUUCUUAGCUGGUCCCCAGGACACAGGGAGCUCAGUAGAUAGAGGUGCUCAGUCAUGGCCUUGGCCUGAGGCUUAAAACCUGUCUCCUGAAACACGUUGCCUGGUGUGUCAGCGAGGUCCCCAGAACUGCGUGCAGGGCAGUCUCAUCUGCAGACAGGAAAGCUGAGCUUGUUAAAGAACCGCGGGGUGCCUUCUAGCCCGUGAAGACUGGAGGGAAAACAGACCCCGGUGACGAUUCCUUUGAUGGAAAAUUCUGUAGCACUCUCACCUAAGCGAGGAACAGGAGUGAGGAUGGGGAGGCAGAAAGAAGCAGGGCAGACGAGAAGACAUCACCCUGGGAGCACACCACAGCCUCUGGCCAUUCUCGGGCCUCAUUUGAUGUACUGUGGGGAGAAUGUCAAAUAGAGUUUUACAGAGAGAGAUUUAUCUGGACUAUAAGAAGUGCACGUGCACUGGGCAGUGACUUACCCAUCUAUCCUGGACACUUACGCAACCGAGCCCAGCAGCCAAGUAUGCGGUCGGGGCUUUAUUCCCCAGGGUGUGAUCUCUCCUUACUCCGAUUUUGUCUUAUUUAACAUAAUGCUCAGCUGCUGCCACUUUCACCUGGGAAUGGCAUGCUUCUAAAGGAAUUGUUUUCUUCCCAGGCUGCUGGCUUGUGUCAUCUCUGAAAGUGAAGGAUCUUGCUAACUUCAGCUGCUCAGUCUCAGACCCAGGGGUGCUAUGUAAACAGUUUUUCCCUUUAUUAGGCAUUAAGUAAAACUAGGCCGGCCACAGUGCAUUUUUUAAAAAUUAAUAAACACAGAGCAAGAGCCAGCAGCCCCCCAAGGAUCCGUAAGGAACAGAAGCUAGGCUCAUUCCUCUCUGUUGGACGCCUCACUGCCCGCUGACCUCAUUCCCAGCCUGCGCCGGGCGGAUGGGCGUCUGGCCCUGCCCUGACCCAUCUGAAGUGGUCUCAUGAGUCUCAUGUCGCGCAGGCUCCCGCGUGACACGUCAAACUGGGUCAGUAAAGGCUGUUUUCCUGUCAUUUCCUCUCAAUCAUUUUCAGUCUGCAGAAUCCAUACACCAAACAACUUUUGCCCGAGCUCUGCGCCUUAGAUGGAGUGUGUCUGUUGGGGGUCAUUGUCAAGGCGUCUCUCCCCGGCUUUGGGCGUUAUCUGAAGAUCAUCUGGUCUGUCCCUCCAGCUCCAGCGAGGCCAGCACCAGCACACACCUGCUUCCAGGGAAAGGAAUUCCAUUGGGAGGGUUGAGAGACUCACAUUUAUCCUUCAGUCUAUCUGCUGUCGUGGCUAGACGAAGAGAGGACGAUGCCGUGAUAAGGAAGCGCAGGCAGCCUUAAAUGGCAAGCAGGUCUGGGAGGCUUUGAGCUGACAGCCCCUCUUACUGCUACAGCCUGUUGGACCUGAGGAGGGUGGACUGGCCGUCCUGCAGCUGUCAAGCUGAUGAUACUGGUCAGCUUCCAGUUAAGCCACCUUGUGACACCUCAAUUUCCCAGGGGGCCCUCUGGGAACGAGGACCGGCGUUAGAAUCUGCCCCCAUCAGGUGAUAGACUUGGGGGAACAGGUGGCCUCAGGAAAGCAGUGCCCUUUCGGCUUCAAGAAACAAAUGUGUGUGAGCAGUCAGACGCUUGAGAGCAGAUGGUAGAGAAGGUGAAGGGAUCCAGUAACAUCAGGCCUCAAAGAAGGAGGUGUAUAGAGAAGAAAUCCACCUCCUCCUGACCCAUAGCCAGAAAAGAGUUCAGGGCUUUUGCUGGGUCCAGGACUCGCCUGAAUCCAGAUAUUCCUGCCGAGGAGGAGAAUGUUCGCUUCAAAAAGGGCAAUGUGAACGUAUUUUAUGUAACUAAACAUCACAGCAUGUGGUUUUAAAAAGCGAGUUAUGACAUUAAGAUGUCCGUUUUGUUUGCCAGUGGGUUUCAGUUCAUGUAGUUGGUAUUUAAUAAAAUGUGCACAUUUGGUGACAUCCUAGGACACCUGUUGAGGGGAAGCCAAGCAGAGCAGAGCGGUUCAGGGCAGCUGUUCCGGAAUCAGAACUAAGUUAGAAUCCUGGCUUUACCAUGGGUCAGCUGCGUGACCUUGGGCACGUUAUUAACCUCUCCACACUUCUGUGUCUCAUGUGGAAAAAGGGAAGGAAAAAGAGCCUGGCGUGCUCCACUUCAGCGGCCCUGGUUUGGUUCCCAGGUGUGGAGCUAUGCCACUCGGCAGCCACGUUGUGGCAGCAACCCACAUACAAAAUAGAGGAAGAUUGGCACAGGUGUUAGCUCAGGGUGAAUCUUCCUCAGCAAAAAGGAGAAGAAGAAGAACUUCAACUCGUAUGUGAGUGUGAGGACUAAAUGGAGUCGUGUGUAAAGCCCUUCACACAGUACCUGGGCCCCUAGCAACACUCAGUAGUAAUUGUUGCUAACGGGACUGUUUGCUUAUGUGUGCCCAACACUGCUAAGAGCAUGGGUUAUCUCGUUCAAUCCUCACAGCAAUGGUACGAGGAAGGUACAAUUAUCAUUCCCCUUUUACAGAUGAGGAAAGUGGGGCUUGGGGAGAAGAAGCUUCUUGCUCGAAGUCAGAUGGGAAGGGGUGGAACUAGAAUUGGAAGCCAGGCCGAGGGCCGCCAGGGCCUGUGCACUUACACCGUAUGCUCUACUCCCUCAAAACAGGGAAGCCAUCGUCAUUCCUCCUGCCGCUGUCCUCUCCUCCUGGGUCUCCUCUUGGUCCGAGGAGGGCUGCUGUGCACUGGACUUGGCAGAGACCCUCUGGUUCCCUAGAAGACCACCAGGACCCUAAGUUUCAGAGGGCAACAGCCUCAGCAGCUCCAGCCUUAACCACCUGAGCCCUCCAAGCAGGACAGGAGCAGCCUGGCUCUGCAGGUGGUGGUCCUGAGUUCUGAGAGGCUUCCUGUGAUCUGGAGGGGGGCCAGAGGGCAGGGCUCAAAGUCUGCCCUGCAUCGAGGAUUUCGUCCUUCCCUGGAGCAGCAGAGAUGAGGUUGGACUCUUUCCAGGUCUUCCUGUCACUGUCCUUUCCCUCCAAGUCAGAGGCUGGCUCUGAGCUGGAUGUAGCCGGUCAGGAAGGCCUGGUAAACCCCAGUCCAGGGUCCCAAGGUGAGGUGCCCAACCUCCGUCACACCCGCUGACUCCCACGCUUUUGCUGACAAGCCAGUGCCAGUUCCUGCAGAGGCUCUGAUGCCAGGCCCCUUGUGAGCAGGACCCUUGCCUCCCUCUUUCUCUUGGCUGCCACCCCCUCAGCAGGGUCCUGCAGAGGUGAGAAGGUUUUAGCAGAUGUACUAGAUGCUGUGUUUGCAGCACAAGUAGAACUAGGCAGUCGGCUGGGUCCAAACAGGAAAAAUGAUGCUCAGAAAUCUAAUUUGUGAAAGAUGCACUGUAAUGGUCUUCACUCGAUGCUGGGGACCAGAGAAGAACGUAUCUUGUUUGUCCUUGAGGAAUUUGCUGUUCGUUCUUUCACUAUUUCGUUGAUUCCUAAGCCGAGGUUGUCUGCACCAGCACUGCGUGGUAGGCCCAGUGCCAGAUGAGGAGCCGCAGACGAGGAUGAGAGAGAGCCAGGCCCGGGCACCUCUGCAGGAGGGAGACAUGAACGGAGGAGAAGGGAGGAUUGGGCCCUGUGUGUCAGGCACUGUGCCGGCCGUAGGACAUCCAGCCUUGUGUGGCCGGUCUGUCCCCACAGUAAGGGUGGGGACACCAAGCCACGGAGCUCUCAGACACCUAUUUUUAAUGUUGUGGAAGUAACUUCCCUUGUUCUGAGUUCACCCUCACCAAUCAUUUUCAUGAUUUCUGGUAGGUUCUUCACCCCUGUUUCCCCCUUCUUGCAGGACCCUCCACCCUGACUGUGGGGUCAGCCAAGGGCCUUGCUUGCCCAAUGGAAUGUCAGUAAUUGUGAAGCAAGCAGAACCUUGAAAAGCACUUGCAAACUGGGCUUGCCCUAACUCUUGUGCCUCUGCCACCACCCGAAAACCUGCCCAGGUUAGCUUUCAGGAGGAUGACAGAUGUGUCCUAGUCACCGCAGCCAAAGUCGACAGAUAAGGGGACCCAGUCAAGACCAGAAGAAUUACCCAGCCAAGCCUAGUCCAAAUUGCCAACCCACAGACCCUCAAACUAAAUAAAUGCUUUUUCUUUUAA